ACACACACACACACACACGCACACACACACAGACUAACACACGCACAGAGACACCAACACAGAUACACACACAGAAACACAGACUAACACACACACACACACACCCUCACAGUAAGUGAAAGUGAAAGCAGAGACCCUCAGGAGAAAAGAGACACGACGCCGUCUGGUUGAAACAUUUUACUCUUCAAUAACUAUGUCAGACAGCAGGAGAAUUGUCAUCCUGGGGAAAACCGGAGUUGGGAAAAGCAGCCUCGUCAACACCAUCUUCGGAGAUCAGCGGUUAACCAUCGGACACUCUGCGAUCUCCGAAACCAGCAGAUGUCAAGAGACGACUCGACUGGUCGCCGGGAGAAGCACCACUCUGAUCGACACGCCCGGUUUAUUCGACACGAGCCGCUCUGAGCUGGAUCUGAUGGCUGAAGUAUGUCGGAGCGUCACAGCGUUCCCUCCCGGGCCUCACGCCUUUCUCCUCGUGUUCAAAGUGGAGAGAUUCACGCAGCACGAGCAGGACGUCGUCCUGAAAAUAACACGCUACUUUUCCGAAGAGCUUUUCAAGUACGCGACGCUCGUCUUCACUCACGGCGACGAGCUCCCCGAAGGAGAGACCGUGGAGCGCUUCGUCCUCGGCAACGCGCUCGCGAGGGAGCUGGUGGCGAGGUGCGGAGGCCGCUGCCACGUCAUCGACAAUCGAUACUGGAGGAGCGGCGCGAGGCUCGAAUACAGGAGCAACUGGGUCCGAGUGGCGGCGCUCCUCAACACCAUCGAUGAGAUGAUUGAGGCAAACGGAGGAGGAUGCUACACCAAUCAGGCUCUCCUAUUCGCGAAUGCUUUGGACUCCGGGAUGCGUGGUGAUGAUUUGUUUUGUUCCAUCUUGUAGGAGCGUUAUUGGCGAGACUUUUCAACGAUCAAAGAUGAGUGAUUUGGGCUGUUGAUUGGAUAUAUGCACGAUGGGGGUGACGAGUAAAUAUAUAGAAUUAAAUAAAUCACAAUACGAUAAGCGAGGAGAUACAGUGGGAUUUAAAUGAUGGAAAAUCAGAUUUUGUUUGCAAGAAUUGUCAUGGAAAAAACUUCCAGACUGAGUGUUUAUUAUUAAUAAGUGUUUUAAAAUCACCUGAAAUAAAUCAGGUACUUGAAAGUCGCAUCAAAUGUCAGAUUAUUUUUCUUCAUAUUUUUGUCUUUGGUUUAUUUUAUUAUCAUGAAUAAAAACGUUAUGUGAAUAAAUCCGUAAUGCCAGAGUUAUAGCCCAGAGGCUGUUGUUCCUCUGUACUCCCGGAUGUGAUAGUUUCUUUAAUUUAAAUCGUAUCUGUUUACUUUAUUACUGCCGUCACACAUUAAUCUGAUUAUUCAUAUUUCCUCAAUCAAAGAAAACAAAGAGUUUCAUAAUUCCUCAUAAAACUCUAAACGUUGGUGCAGUGAGGGGGAACAACUCAAAGAACUUUUAGUUCAUUCAUUUUAGAUUCAUCAUUUAAGUUUCAUUCUCUUUGACGAUUCACGAUUUCUUUUCUCUCUAAAGAGCUGAGAGUGUUCUCCUCUCUCGUGUCACGGGAUUCUUCGCAUAUAAUCUGAUAUUAUUUUGUGUGAGUUGGACGACGACGGCCUCAAAGUGUUUUUCCUUCACGUAGAAGAAGUCAAUAAGUGAAUCCGCACCACGUUGAAGCUCUUUUUGUCUUUUACUUCUUUACAUUUUACAUCUCUGGAACCUUUUACUGCACAAAACAAAUAAAACUGGUUUGUAUUCUAUUUCAACCAAA